GUGUGUCUUUCGCAAAUAGCCAUACAUUCGAAAUUAUACGUUGCAGGCGCGUCUUUCAGUUCGUUAGUGUGUUGUGCUGAUUUCUCAAUAUAUUUCCCAAUGAAUAACUAAGAGUACUACCAAUAUUCGGCUUGAAAAUAAAAUGCACAUAAAGAGGAAACUAAGACGCUACAUAAGCAAUAUAAUCAGCUUCACUAACUCUCGUACUAGGAAUGCUCUACGUGAUCGAUCAGCAGAUUUUUACGAGUAAUGAACACCUGUUUCAAUUUCCGGAUCCUGAUUGGUUUUGACGUUUUCAUCUGCAUCCAUAUAUAUAAACUUAUUUACCUUAUUUUAUUUCACUUGGUUUUUCUCUUGAUAUCCAGUUAAUGAAGUCACAGAAGAGUUAGUCGAUCUCAUGCGUAAAGUUUGGUUACCGAUUAUUGGUCCAGAUUAUGACAUCAUAGUUUUACAUGUACAUAAGCCUCGGGGAGUUACAAAUUUAGGUAUGAGUUUAGAAGGUAUAACUUAUAUAUCGGAGCCAGCUUUCGACAAUACUACUAAUAGUUACAAUCGAUCUCAAACAACAGCUACAAGUAAUGGUCAUUUGAGAACUAUGUCUACUCCAGUGAGUCAUCAUGUGAUGUCGAAUGGUGUAGACCAGCAAAAUGAACAAAAUAAACCAUCACGUCAUUUUGUGCAAUAUAUUGUUCCAGAGGGAUUAAUUGGUAGUUUAGGUGUUGUACAGACAGGUGAUGAACUACUUCAGGCAAAUGGUCAUCGUAUUCAUGGGACAUCGUAUACAAGUACUCUUCGAUAUUUACGCAGUUUACCGUCAAGAAUUCAGUUAGUAUUUGGACGUAGAAAGCCUACUUGUACACACGAGGAUGAAAAUAAUGCUGGUUUAAACUUUUCUGCAGACAGUAAUCCACUGAUCGACUGUACAGAUGAACCGCCUCUUGAAGUUGUCGCUAGUGAAAUUGGUUCUGUUGAUACUGCUCCAUCGAUAAGAAUGAUCAAUUCAUACGAUGUGCCUGAUCGUGCUGUUGCUUAUUCCGGACCGGUAUCACCAACAUCAGCGCAUAGACGUGUUACUGAGUGGAUAAGAAAAUCUCAAGGUGACUUGAGUAACACAGCGCCUCAUUUAUCUUCACCUGAAUCUGUAUCCAUGUAUGAACAGAGUAAUACCACCAGAUCAGAAAAAGCUUCAUCAUAUAAUUUUGAACCUCUAAAUUCUCAUACAUAUGAUCCACGGCGUAAUUAUGUGAAUGUAAAUCCUACUGACGGUGUACUAUUUCCAAUGAAUGCAUCAACAAUGGAUAACACUCGUAAAUAUUCGUUACCAAAUACGCUUAGAUCAACAAAACUACAACAGAUGAAAUCAAAUACUCUAGGACGUUUACCAACAUCAAAUACUAGUCGGAGAUUCACUGAACCAGGACCUGUUGUACAACAAUACAAUCAACGUCGAUACCAAACUCUACCUCAUAAUCGUCGUCUGCACCGAAUAGAUCCGCGUUAUGGUUUUAAACGACCUUCUUGGUCUUCAGUGCCUUUGGUUAUUCAGUUGAAUAAAUCAUCUCAAGGAUUUGGAUUCAGUAUAGCGGAAUAUGAGGAAUUACCUGUAACCGAUUUGGAGGGUAAGACAUCCUCUCGUAAAGCAUAUACCUUGGAUCGUAAAAACACCUCAAGUACACUGGAUUCGGAUCGUCAGUCAUUCCGGUCUUAUCGUACAAGUGUGACAUCAUCACCAAAUAGAAAUUAUAAAUCUUCCAGCAGCCUGAAAAGACGUUCAACAUGGUCUAGUCGAUCUAAAAAAACACAUGGUAUCUUAUUGAUUGAUAGUUUAACCCCAGGAGGUGUAGCUCAAUUAGAUGGACGUAUAUCAAUUGGUGAUCGUUUACUAUUUGUAAAUGAUAGAAAUCUAAUGAAAUCGAGUGUACGCGAAGCGGCUAACACACUAAAAUCAUUGCCUAACGGACCAUGUUUAAUUGGAAUUGCUAAAAUGCAACUAGAGCCGAAUGAAACAGAUGUCCCACUACAAGAACCACCCUAUCAAUUGCAAUCUACCACUGGUGUGUUUAGACCAUCUGUAAUCGGUGUAUUCCCGGAAGUUGAUGAAGUCAGAAAAUCGAAUUCUUGCUCAAAUUUCGCUUAUCCAUUGCGUGUGAAUACGGGUAAUGCCAAUGAUGACAAUAGCACGGUUGUGUCUCUGCAUGGUAUACACUCGUUAUUGCCUUAUCUAGACGUUGUUAAUGCCGAAAAUAAGCGUAGUUUUUUCAGUUUAGCUGUCCAUUCAUCAUAUCCUUGCUUACACACACCUCUGCAUGUGUAUACAGCUAAAUUGAAUGAUGAUAGAAUUAUUUUCAGUGAUACAACAGUGUGCAGAAAUACACAUCCGAGGUCACCAGGACACAAAUUGCAACAAGAAGAAGAAGAACCUCAACAAGGAUAUUCUCGACCUCGAUCACCGACACCAAAUCAUAUGGAUGCUUCUUAUUCACUAACAAGUGAUAACCUUCCAGGUCUACACUACAAGUGUAAAAGUUACAGUUGUGUUGAACAGUUGAAUAAUUCUUUACUAAUGAAUAGUAUUCAACACCACGAUCACCAACAUCCAGGCUGUAGUACAUUGUCGGAGUGUAAACAACAAUGCUUUUUUUCACCUGUUGACAAAUCCUCACUAAAUAACACUGUCAGUCAAUUAGCACUUCACUUUGUCCAUGAAAUUGUCAAUGAAGCAAUGAGACAAUUGCUAAAUGAAAUAUUCGAUCCGAAUGUACUAUUGAAUUCUGAUGUUAGUCCGUACAUUCCGUUAGCGGGACCAGAACCAUCAAUAUCUCAACCCUUCUCUUCAUCAUUAUCAUCGUUAAUAGGGACAGGAACCACAGCCACUUGGACAACAACACAGUCAAUAAGUUCUGGCUUUGUUGCGUCUUGUUCAAAUGCUGCUGCUAAUGAUAACAGGAUAUGUAGUGAUGGCGUUGUUCUUCAUAGUAGUAAUUCCGCUACUUCUAUAUCAUCUUUAAUUUCAAAAUGCAGUAAUCACACAUCCGCUACUUCAACUACUAAUACAACUACUACGAAUAACACUAAUACAAGUAAUAACACACAGUAUUUAGCCUAUAAACUAGUAAGUCAGUCGAUAUUGAAAGCUUUAAAACUCUUAGAAUCGAAUACUAAUAAUAAUAGUGCAGUAUCGAUAUGUUCUGGAAUGCACCAAUCUGAAUGCCCACGUCACAGCAUUGGGAAUCAGGAAUCUGGUCUGUGUUCUUCUACCAUCACCAUGGCAGAUAGUUAUCGUAAUGACGGUGACAAAGAUGGUUCUAAUGAUGAUGACGUCGCCGCGACUGCCUCAUCCAACGAUGAGGAUGAUGUUGAAGAGGAUCUCAAUACAGAGUGUGAUUUAUCUACAAAUUCGACAAUAUCUUUAUCCUCUUAUAUUCAUCCAAAAGUGAUGUCUUCAUCUAUUGAAUCGGAUCGUGUUGAUUAUCAUCGUCAUAAUUACUCUAAAUUAACUGAACCUAUGGAAAAUGAUAAGCCAUCCUUUACAAAUUCUUCCAAUGAACUAUUUUAUUCAUCCACAGUAUCUUCUCUUCAUCAACGGCAAGACGAUAACAGUUGUGAUGCAUUUCACCAAAACUUCCCAGUGAAAAAGAAUUAUGCCAAAGUUGGUAUCAAGGAUGGUUUCAAUGUUGUUACUGGAAUCGAAGACUUGGCUUUAGAUUUUUAUACAUUACCAUUGCUUUGUCCAAAUCCAGAACUGCAUGCUCCUGAUUUACAAUAUGUUACUCCAGUUGAUCCAAGUUUAGAAGUAUCUAAGAGUUUGGAACGUGGAACUUUGCCUAUUGGCUUAAAACUGGAUGCUUUGGCCUGUCAAGGUCAAGAUGGCUGUCGGGUUCUACAGGUACUGGGUGGUGGUGCUGUUGCUCGUGACCAACUCCUAGUUACAAAUGAUUAUGUGACAAGUAUGAAUGGUCAUAGUAUGCGACAUUUGGAUAAUUUAAAAGCCUUUGAAAUCUUACAUUCAUUAUCACAGAAUUCAACUAUAAUUGACAUAAAUUAUUUACCUGCUUCUGUUGUUGAAUCUCAUCGAAUCGAGUGUUUAUCUAAAGCAAUGAAUCCACUGAAUGAAAAAAGUUCUAUGCCAUAUUUGUCUAUUAUUCAACCUACGCAUUGGUCUGUUCCUAUUGAAAUUGUGCUUCAUCGAUCAGACACUAGUCAAGCAUGGGGUCUAGUUGCAUCUGGGUCUGAAAUCUGUGCGAGUAGGAAUUACCUUCCACCAGGGAAUAUAGAUAAUCCGAGUAUUAUUUCGAAAAUUCUACCCAAUAGUAUUGCGAAAAAUUGUAAACUUCUUAAUUGUGGUUUGUUAAUAUUACAAAUACAAGGCAAUGAUGUCGCUUCAAAAGGUCCAGUUUAUGUUAAUUCUUACCUACAACACCUUUCAAAUCAAUCAGAUCUACGUGAACUUCGAUUGGUUGUAUGUCACUAUGAUGAUGACGAUGAUGAUAAUACUGAUAAUCGAGUUGAUAUCAAGAAUAAUUCCAACAUAGAUCCAAUGGAUAAAAGUCAGUUACCAAAUGGUUUAGAUAUUAUGGCUGCAUCUGUUAAAAUGUCCUCAGUACCACCACCAGGUGGUAGUGAUAACCAGUUUUUACAAAAGAAAAGUAGUACUGUUGUCCAAUCAGGUAUCUCACCAAGUUCUAGUGAUAUGGAGAAUCCUGAACCAUUGACUGAUAUGGAGUUACGUGAUGAAAUGAAUGUUUUAUCCCGAGAAAUACCAUCAUUAGAUCUUCAUAACUCAUCAUCAGAUUCCCAGAACAACAACUAUUCACAUAGAACAAAUGAAUCAAGACAGAGAAGUGGUAAUAUCAGUAAUAAUGAUAAUAAUAAUAGUAAUCAGUGUCCACUAUCUAAAGUCUCCUCGCCAAUUGUUAAAGAUGACGAUGAUCAAGUUUCAACAAAAUUACAGAAUGGUUGGUGGAAUAACUCACCUCCUGCUAUACCGCCGCGUCGAUCCUCAGUGACACCUAGACGGCAGUCUUUUGGAAGUAUAAAAUCAGUGAAUUAUGAUAAACAGUAUUCACGUAAUGAUCAGGAUAAGAUACUGGUCAUGCGUAUACCGCUACCAUACUCUAAACUGAACAAUAGUAAUAACAAUAUUACUUAUAGUGAUGAUAUUGAAGGAACAUUUAAUCUGGGCAUACAUUUAAUCACUUGUCGAACUAAUGAAACUACUAUGGCUAAUUUCAUCUCAGAAUUUCAACCGAAUUCAUUUGUGGUGCAUCAUAAUAAUACUGCUGUUGAUGCUGAUAAUAGUCUUCAAAUUGGAGAUGAAAUUGUCCACGUGGAAGAUAUCAGUGUUUGUGGUAUGCAUCAGUCAACUGUACAACAAAUCAUCCAGUCGAAGAUUAGUCAAAUACUACUCAUGGCCUCGGUGAAUGACGUUAAGAGCAACAAUAAUAAUAACAAUGAUAUGGAUAAUAAUUAUAUAAAUAAUGCUGAUCCUUCCUCAGUUCUUUCUAAAACAAAACCUUUUAUCUCCUUGAUUAUUCGGCGGAAUCCAAUGAAUUUGUCGAUUAUGGCAACUAAUUCACAAAUAUCAUCUCCUUCAUCACCUAUAAAAGUGAUAAGUAAAUUACCUGAAGAUUAUUCUCCAUCGAGUGAAAAUCACAUCAUUUCUAAUCCAACUUCAGAUAUACUGUCUUCAGCAUCAUCAGAUUUACUUCCAACAGGUUCCAAACCAAUCCCACAUUCAUUUUUAAAACAAAUUAUGCUUGAAUUGAAAGAAGACUUCAAUAAGCUUCAAUUAUUCGAUAUUAUUUUGGAGAGAGGCCCUGAUGGUUUUGGCAUUUUCAUUGUAAAUCUGGGUCCAAACAAUGAGUCUGGUGUAUUUGUUACUGAAAUUCGUCCAAACAGUCCUGCCUUUCUGCAGGGUGUACUGAAACCUCACGAUCGUAUUCUAGCCAUUAAUGGUCACCUACAAUAUGAUUAUGAGAAAACACUUGAAUUAUUACAACAGUCGAGAAAGUCUGUUCGUCUGACAAUCGGUAGGCAAAUAAAUGAUAAGCUAAUCAAUUCAACACAACUUGACCCAACAAGAACUUCUGACCAGUCCAGCGGUGGUGAUAAUGGGGAUAAAGAUGCAAAAAAGAAUGAACUGAAACAAGCUAAAUUGUCGAUUGUCCCUGGGAUUCCAGCUACGGUUACAUUGUAUAAAAAUUGUGGUGGUCUUGGCUUUUCAAUUGUCGGUGGAAGUGAUACAGUUCUGGGUAACAUCUUAAUACAUGAAAUACACACUAAUGGGGCUGCUGCUUAUGACGGUCGACUUCAAGUUGGUGAUCGUUUAUUAGCUGCCAAUGGGAUUGAUCUUCGUGAAGCUACUCAAAAAGAUGCGACAAAAAUUAUACGUGCAGCUGGUGAUUGUAUUCAGUUAUUGGUUUAUCGAGAUCCUGAACCACAAUAUUUAAAUCAAGGUGUAUUCGAGUGUCAUAAUGUUACAUUGAGACGUGAUAUGCCUGGACAAAGUUUCGGUUUAUCGUUAAUCGAUCGACCGCAUUAUUCAACUGGUACGGCAAUUGGUGGCAUUACUGAGAAUAGUCCUGCAGCUCGAUCGAAUUUGCUGGAAGUUGGUGAUAUUAUCUUGGAAAUUAACGGUUGGGAUAUGCGAUUAGCCAAAUCAGAUGAAGUUGUCAAUCUGUUGAAGAAUGCUCCUAGUGAAGUGAAAUUAUUGAUUGGACGGCAUAAAACUGCACCAACUCGUCAUGCCUAUCCAAGAAAUCGAUUACAUGUUUAUGUCGUUGUGUUGGAACGUCGUCAAUGUCAGUCAGAGGGUAUAAAUGCUCCUUGUGGAGCAGCAGCAGCAGGAGUAUUGCCGAUUCUUUCAUCAAAUGAUCAAAGAGAAGUUACUGGCGUCACUGAUGAUGUUGUUGCUGCUGCUGAUGAUGACGAUAUAGCUAUGGCAGCAUUCGGUCUACGUGUACGUAAAGCAAAUCAACAAGAAUUAUGGGAUUCUCAUAGUCGACUGAUUGUAGAGAGUAUACAACCAUGUAGUCCAGCUGAUCGCUCUGGCAUGAUUAUGCCUGGUGAUCGUCUAUUAACAAUAGAUCGUGAGCCAGUGGAUUGGUUGAAUCCAAGUGAAGUUGUUCAAUUAUUGUCUACUUUACCAUACUGUACAAUUGAAUUAGGUCGUCUACCGUAUACGAAUCCCUUGGCAAUUGUUAAAAAUCAUAAUCAUACACUUAAGAAGAAGAACACUACUACUAUUACUAAUGGUGCCAACGAAAAUCCUUCAUCAUUACCAUCAUCUCUGUCACAACAACUUCAUCAGUCAGAAGAGUAUGACAUUUGUCCACCAUAUCCACCUCCAUCAGAAGAAUUACCAGCCUUAUUCGGUGGCAUUAUGCCGUAUAUUGAACCACCAGCUUUUAUACGUGAUAUGGAUACAGUACCGGAACAACAAGAUGAUGAAGAGGAGGAGAACAAGGAUAAACGAAGUAGGACUAAUCAACUUGGCUUUGAGAAAUUCACUGAAACAUUGAAUAAUAACAAUAAUAUAAUAUCAACAGGACAUGAAAACCCGUUGACAAAUACUAAUAGUAGAACUACUACUACUACUAUAAUCCUUAUCAGAAAGAACAGAUCGACAAAUCGAUUGACAACCAUAAAUCCGCUUCUCUGACUAAAGAUGAAAUUGACAAAGCCUUAGAAUUAACUGAAAGAUUUAAUGGGGGAUUUUAUGUUCGACAAAUCUAUCUACCAAUAGCCCCUGUGUUAACAAAUGAUGAUAAUGUCACAACGCAGAAUCGUUUAGGCCUACGAUUAAUUGAUGGUCCAGGUGUAAGUGGACCCGUAGUUGUACGCAUUGAACCUAACUCAUGUGCAUCUAGAACUGAUAUUCAAAUUGGUGAUCGCAUUCUCGGGUUAGAUGAUAAAUUAUUACUAUCUUUAGGUCAUGGAAAUAAUUGUUCAGCUGAUAAUAUUCUAAGUACUAUUGAAAAUGUGUGGAUUACACGUUCAGUGAAUAAUAGUAGUGUUGGAGGUAGUGACUAUGAACAGAAUCCUUGUUGUUUAACAAUUAUCAGUAAUCGUAGUCUAACACCACCGAAACCGUUACCAUCCCCGCCGACGCCUCCACCCGCAUUAUCAACAGUGACGACAUUUUAUUCUCUUGGUGGCAAUAGUAGUGAGUACACAAAAGAAGACAAUACUGAACCACUGGUUGAAAAAAACCACAUUAUGAUGCUGAAGAUGACAUCACCCCUGAAACAAGCAAAUCAAGGUGAAGGUGCAGAUGGCGAUGCACAACUUGUGAAUGGUAGUCAUCAAAUUGUUACUCCUAUUUCUAGUACUACUACUAUUGACAAGAAUAAAAAUAUGAUGAAUUCUAUAAAUCUUGUCAAUCAUAAUAAUAAUAACAUGGCUAUUUCUUCUUCACCAUCUUGUGAUUCGUCAUCUAUGUUAUCUGAUUGUAUACAAUCGAAGAGGUUGAGUUUCAACUAUGCUCAACACAACGGGAAACAUCAUUCAAGCUUAAAUGAUGAAGUGUCAGAGGACUUUCCCCUCUCUAUCCAUAAUGAUGGUGGUGAUGAUCAUGCAUCUUUUGAACCAAACGAAGAUGUAAUCCAUCAUCUGCCGAAUAAAGAUCCUUUUUCAGAUAAUGCUGUUUGUCAUACUAUUAUCCCUGCGAAGUCUCCGACAUCCUUAAAAACGAUCUCAUCUCCGCUGUCAUCUAAUACGACAAUUUGAAGAUAAUAACAUAUAUCUAUUGGAUGACGGGAAAUGAAAUAAAAUUCAUUCUACAAGAUCUCAUAGUGAAAUGCAGAACAACUUUUCCUUGCUAAGAGUAUAUAACAAAACAAAUAUUACAACAUGUAUUCAACUGUGUGUAUUAUUACUCUAUUACUCAUUUAAACAUAGAAACUUAAUUUCUUAUUUAUGAUCAAUCUUUUUCUUUAUAACAUUGAAUAAAAUAUUUAAUAAUAACAAUGAAAAUAUACCCUGUGAUAUUCAAUAUGAUGAAUUGCAUAGUGUUACACAUUUCUCCUCCAUUUUUUAUUAUACAAUCCUCCAUUCCAUCCCAGGCCGCCAACACACACAUCAUAUAUAUUUAUAUUUUUAGUGAAUUCUAAUUUAGUAGUACUCACUCACUCAGUUGAUUGAUUCGGAUAUUUUAUGUACAUUUUUUCCUUCUAUCUUUGUCUUCCUCAUUUUUCUGUAUCACUCUGAUAUUUUUAUUUGCAAUCAGUCAGUAUUAUUGUUAUUAAUUCAUACAAUUUGAUUUCUUAGAUAAUAUACAUAUGUCUGUAUGAA